AAUAGAUUUAUGAAAUAACUGCGCGAAAAGCAACGAAAUGACAGCACGAGUCAGGAUGGCUGAGAAUGGAGCACAGUUGGUUAGCAGACUUGAAGGAAGACAGUCAUUGAAGGACAUUGAACCCAAUAUAUUUCCUGCCGACGAUGGUCCAGGUCAAGGUGACGUAGUGGAGUUUCAUGGAAUGGAGGGCUCAGGUAAGACGGAAACCUUGUACCACCUAAUCACCCGCUGUAUCACGCCAACGCACAGUGGAGGUCUGGAGGUUGGGGUGGUUUUCAUUGACACUGACUACCACUUUGACAUGCUGCGCUUCGUGAGCAUUCUUGAGGGACGUUUGGCUGAAGACUCAAAGACGGGCUCUGAAAAUGAAGCCGAGGAGACAGUACGUUCAUGUCUCUGCAGGCUUUCUGUUGUGCACUGUAACAGCUCAGUACAGCUUCUACUAACCCUGCACUAUCUCGAAAACACUUUCUCCAGCCAGCCCACCCUCGGCCUUCUAGUCAUCGACAGCAUCUCUGCAUUCUACUGGACAGACCGAUUUAAUGGCGGCGAGAGUGCUAGUUGUCAGGAGGCUAACUUAAGAAAGUGUGCCGAGUUGCUGGACAGACUACGCAGAAACUAUGGCAUUGUGAUUUUCGCCACUACUCAUGCCAUAAUGAGGAACUUCGGAUCUGAUCUAGGGGUGUCAGAUGUUCAUGGCUCAUCAUCAUCAUCAUCAUCUCGGAGGUGGAGGUCAGCUGACUGCGCUUCAGACUUUGACAGGCCCUACCUGUGCAGAGCAUGGCAGAGGAUAGUAACUCAUAGGGUGCUGUUCACUAAAAGUCAUGCACCAAAGGACCACAAGCAGAUUUUCUCCACAGCGUGUACCAGUAUAUUGACCAAAGGUGUCAAAAAAUGCUCAUUCUGUGUCGUGGAAGAUGGUAUUAAAUUUAUAUGUGACAAGUGAGCAUGUAUUGAAAAAUUACACACUUUUGGGUUGUCACAUAAUUAUGAGGGUUAAAGAACAUUUUACUUAUUGUGUGUCAGUGUGUUUAAUAGCAAUUGCAAUACAUUUUUACUUCAC